AUGGCUAAUCACCUUCUUCUUCCAGCUGCAACCAUUUUCCUAACCCUCCUUUUUCUCUCUCCUGCCACGGCCACGGCCACGGCCGCCGACUCCGUAGUCGUUGACAUCGAUGGUAACCCAUUAGAAGCAGGCUCACAAUACUACGUCCUCACUUCGGGAUCCAGGGGAGCAGGCCGUGGCGGCUUAAACGCUGUACCCUUGGGUGGCAUUUGCCCUUUAUACGUAGGUCAACAUAGGAGCUGGAAUAAUCGAGGCAGCCCCGUAAGUUUCUACCCUGCCGACCUUUCACAGAAAAACAUCACACUAAGUUCAGACGUCAACAUUGCUUUCGGGCUAAGCGCCAUGUGCAGGAACCAAGGGGUGUGGCAGCUAAGUUCAAAUGAGCUUGGGGUAUUCUACAUAACUACCAAUGGAGAAAUCGGAAACCCCGGUGCUGAAACCUUCACCAACUGGUUCAAGAUCGAGAAACUACCGUUUCCUAAAUCUAAUUCAUAUAGGAUAGUGUAUUGUUUCGCAGUACCUAAACCUGGUCCUGAACCUGUACAUGUUGUUCCUGAUAGUCGUCGUACUGGUCCUGAAUCUGUUGUUCCUACUGAGUAUUGUCAACAGUUGGAUGCUACUCUACCCGGCCCUUGGGAUUUGUCGAUGUUAAGUCUUGUACCAAUUGAUAACCCUCUUCCCUUCUUUGGUUUUGUAUUCAAGAAGGUCACUACUACUACUACUACUGCUAGUACUACUACUGCCAGUAGUAGCUACUAG